CUGUUUUGUUUUGUUUGUGGUUGGUGGUGGUGGUGGUUCAUUAGAUUAGUUCAUUUGUUAUUGUUGUGUGUUGUGUCUUCCCAAAUUUUUUUGGUUUUCAAAUAUUUAUCGGAUUUCACUGAUUUUUUGUCAAGCAAAAUGCCCAAUUCCGCUGUUUCCAAUAAUUAUCUUCAAACAGAAGACGAUCCCGAUACCAACAACUUGAUUAAAAGCCGAGAGUUUUUGUACCGGCUUAUCAUAGGCCAAUUAUUCUACGAUGGUCAUCAGCAGUUAGGUCAGAAUCUAGCACAAGCAGUCCAAGCAGAACCAGCCUGCCCGCCGAGCGAUAGACUGUUUAGAUUAAUCCUGACUGGUUUGGAGCAUGAGCCAAACAGAAAAGACCGUCCCCAUAAUUUUGGCAUUGGAAACAAUGACAUUGGACCAGGACUAGAUUUGGAAUUUGAAACUGACUCAAAUACCCUUGCUCCAGAACCAGCCUUGUAUGAAACAGCUUAUGUUACUUCACAUAAAGGUAACUGUAGAGCAGGCUGUUUUUCAGCUGACGGUCAACUUAUUGCCACCGGCAGUGUGGAUGCCAGCAUAAAAAUUCUGGAUGUUGACAGAAUGUUGGCAAAGUCUGCUCCAGAUGAAAUGGAUCCUUCAAGAGCUGUCGAACAGCAAGGACAUCCCGUUAUCCGAACAUUGUAUGAUCACAUGGAAGAAGUUACUUGCUUGGAAUUUCAUCCUAAGGAACCGAUUUUGUGUUCAGGAUCAAAAGAUCAUACUAUUAAAUUGUUUGAUAUAUCAAAGGCCAGUGUUAAGAAGGCAUUUAAAACAAUAUCAGAAUCAGAACCAGUUAAAUGGUUUUCUUUUCAUCCAAGUGGAGAUCAUUUGAUUGUAUCCACAGAUCAUCCAGUAAUAAGAUUGUAUGACGUCAAUACUUUACAAUGUUACGUGUGUCCUUUUCCCAAUCAGCAACAUUUUGAUACUGUUACAUGCCUAAAAUGGUCUCCAGAUGCGAAAUAUUUUGCUAGCUGUAGUAGAGAUGGGGCCAUAAAGUUAUGGGAUGGAGUUUCCAACAGAUGUAUAAACACAUUUGCUCAGGCUCACGAUGGUUAUGAGGUUUGCUCAAUAGUAUUUUCACGAAAUGGAAAAUAUCUGCUAUCUACCGGCAAAAAUUCUAUUUGUAAAUUGUGGGAAUUAUCUACUAGCAGGUGCUUAAUUGCUUAUACAGGAGCCGGUACAACUGGAAAGCAAGAAUAUGAAGCACAAGCAGUUUUCAAUCAUUCAGAAGACUAUGUUCUUUUCCCGGAUGAAGCAACAACGUCUCUAUGUGCCUGGAAUUCUAGAAAUGCUUCUAGAAAGCAACUGAUGUCUUUGGGACAUAAUGGGGCAGUGAGACUUAUAGCUCAUUCACCCACCCAGGCUGCAUUUUUGACAUGUUCAGAUGAUUUCCGAGCCAGAUUUUGGUAUAGGAGAUUACCUAUUUUGUAGAUGAUUUUAGCUUAAGUGUUUGACUGUUCAUAAUAUAAAAUUAAUGGAAAUAAAUCGUCGCCUGACGCUAUACCUUCUGUCAAAUGUCAUAGUAAACCAAAAAGUCUUCCGUGUUUCUGUGGUUCUUAUUCAAAUUUAUAUUUCCUGAGGAUUUGGAUAAAUUUAAUGUUGUUUUUUUCUAAAUCUUCUCAGUGAGCUUCAAAAUUGAACUGAGAAAUCUGAAAGCUUGGAAAAAAAAUGUAUGAAUAAUUGAUAUAGAAGAGAAUAGAAUAAUUGAACUAUUUUUUGAGGUUAUUUACUACCUAAUGACUAAUUAUUUCAAUAUCUUUUUUUCUCAUUUUAAGAGCACAACCAGUGUAAAUCUCUAUUCUCAAAAUUGGGAUUAGGGAAAAGAGCAAAUUAUUCGGAAAAGAUACGAAGUUUUUUUCUGGGUAAAUAUCUUUUUUGACUAGUAGGAGUUUCAAGAAUAUGAAAAUAUUCGCUAAUAUAACCCAAUAAGCUUCUGCAAAAAUUUUUGGAUAUCCAAAAAGAAAAUAAUCGCCAUAUGAUGGAAUUUGAAUAAUCGCCAGUUACACUUUACUUGUAUGGCCCUGUGAAUCAGUUUUUUUCGUUGUUUUUUCCAUAUGAACAGUUUAUGAAAAGUUCUUCAACAAUAAUGCAACAAUAUUGUUGUCUUGCAUUUUUUUUUUAUUUACAAUGGUUUUAUUUAACAGAUUUUUAACAAAAUAUAUGUAUUUUCACAGUUUCCAAAUCCUAAUAAUCCUAAAUUACCUAUUAACAUUCUAUAAGUUACCUACCUAGGUAUGCGUUUCGAAAAAAUAGGAAUAUGUUAAGGCGUGUAUAUUAAUCUAGGAAAUAGUAAACUUUGCAUAUUUUUAUACCUACAUAUGUAGAUAUGUUUUUGCACCAAAAAUUAAUUACUUUCAAGGUUUGACGUAUGGAAUGUUUUGGUAAAAAUACGACCAAAAAAAAUCUAUAAUUAGAAUAUUACAUAAUUGUACUUAAUUACCUUCGACCACAUUCAUAAAAUAUCACUGUCUAGUGUCUGGGUAGUGGGUGGCUGUAGGGUGUAAUACAACAUAAAUAAAAGGUAUCUUACACACUAUUUCUUAUUAUAUUUGAUAAUUACACCUGAAGUAAACUAGCAUACCUUCACCUUCUCUGGAAUUAAGGAGAUAUCGAUUAUAACCCAAAUGGAGUUAUGCAGUAUUAGCGCCUCAGGUUAGUUUGACAUUAGGCCUAUGCGCGAUUCGAUUUUUAACACUACCUAGGACUAGGAACAUCAUGUUAUGAAGCAUUUACGACAAGCACUAUUCGAAUAAACUUGACAUGAAUUGAAAUGCGCGGGGAUAUUUUUAUAGGUUUUAAUUUUUUCAAUUAGGCUUUAAUUUGUUUUUAAGUUUUGUCGUUAAAGAAAUAAAAUAUUUGUUACGAAAAAAAUUAUAUAGCUAAGAUAGAUCCUUUUUAGCCUGUAAAAACGAAUAAUUUGUUUUUAUUGUUAGAAACAAUUGUACAAAUUGUUUAUGUGAAAAGUCAAGAUCGGGUUCAAAACACGCUGUGGAAAUAUAUUGAAUUUGAAUAAACUGAAAACGUAGUAUCUCUCUAUUAUUUUUAAGAGUGUCAAGCCCUUCACAUUAAAUUUGUACAGUCACAGUCUAGACAAAGAGUAGGUCAGGCUAUUUUGCAUGCAUUACUUGGUGUUUGCAUUCGUGCUCAAGCGAGUACUGGGCUUUGUAUGUUUAGGUAUAAUGCAAAUAAGACAUAGCUGUAAAAUAUUGUAAUAUCAUUUGAUUCACUAAUAACUAAUAAAAUAUAUAAUUCUAUUGUAUAAUUAUUUGUAUGUAGGUACAGUCAGAGUCAUUGCAAUUUGCACACACUAUAUAAACAUCCUCCAUCAUGUGUCAAAAUCAGAUUGAUAAAUCAUUUAUAGUUUUAAUAAACUGUUGAAGGAAAAAAAAUAUUUGUACACCACUGCACUAAAUAGAUUUAUUGGUUAGAAUUUUGACUUAAUACGAGGGAUGUUAAAAGAGUACCUAUAGUAUGUGCCAAUUGCAAUGAUCAAUCAAAGGCCCUUAGCAUAGCCAGAACCAUUUGCUGUGUCUCAGGCCUCACGACAUUCUUGGAACAUGAAUAAGAUGCUCAAUUGAUAGGGCUCAAGGCUCAAAUUAUAAUGCCAUAUGUCAGUUUUUGCACAAAUACACACGUUAAUAAAUACAUUUUGAAAUUCUUUUGAGGGUAGUUGUUUUAUCCUAUUCCGUGGAAAUACUUACUAAUAAACAUACCACAGGAAAAAUUAAAAAAGAGGGUAAACAAAAGAAUGUCAAAACUCUGUAAGAACUACCUUUGUGAUCCUUAUUGUUGAGCACUGCAUACAAAUAAUUAUACAUACUAAUCUAUAAAGUAAGGCUGCAGCGGAUUUAGGACAGCUACAGGUGCAAGCGAAAUAUCUUGAACAGGUAACUUAUUCCAUUCAGAUACCUAUAUCUACUCUGAGUCCAAAAUAAGUGUCAGUGACUCAAAUAAUGCCGCAUACAAUAAUGACAAGUCAAACUAGGGUACCUACCUACGUAUUACUUGAUCGAUUAAAUAUACAUGCCACUGGAAUUGUGUGGUGGAUGUGAGGAAUAAGUCACUCACACUUAUUUUGGACUUAAAUUACUUAGUUUAUUAUGUUUAUUCUUCUGUUUCUUAGAAAUUCCGCCCCUGAGUUAAUAAAUAAACUAUAGAAAAAUAAGGAUUUACUAGAAUUUCGAGUAGUUAUAAAUGUGUGGUAUAAAUCAUGAAAAAGCUUUAUCUUGAUUCGUUUUAUGUUUAGGGACCAAAUGAACUUGAUAUUUUACCUUUAUUCUUGACAUCUAAAUUCGAAACUUCUUUACCUGCUCUGUGUUUAUAAACUUGCCAAACGUUAACAAAGCCUAUACCUACCUACUUAUUGGUAAUCGUAAAAAUUAAAUAAUAUAAUAUCACUUAUUUUUUGUUCUUAUUAUUAUGAUUAUUUAAAAUAUUUCCAAAUCGUUCGUUAACGUUAUCAUAUUGGCUAACAUUAUCGGUGUUAUUGUUUUCUGAGCGGCUUGAGUUUUCUGUAUUCUGAUUUGAAUUUGAGCUUGUGGCGUUGUUGUAAUUGCUAGCAACUGAUGGCGUAUAAAUAGGCG